AUGUUCAACCGAAUCCCAAUCCUCGCUCUCGCCCUAACUCUCGCCGUCCUCUUUAGCAACCUGAUGAUGGUGGUUGAAGCUAAAACUCAGAGGGUUGGAGACGAAUGUAACUGGAAAAGGAACUGUCAGCAAUACGCUGAUGGUGUAGGUCCAGAUUGGGCAAAGGGUGAAAUCACUUGUGCCGUUCCCCAGGGGAACAGUCCUGAAACUUGUGGUUCUGGCGAUGAUCGUCGAACAGAUUUCUAUGGAACCUGCAAAGCAGUGGGAACCCUCGAAGCGACAGAAUACGGUUGUCCAUGUGGAGUCCACGGUGCUGAUUGUCCCGCUACUAGCCCUUUCAGCAGAAUCUUUUGGCCUCAGGACUGGAUGAAGAAUGCUUGGGCUCAAAUUAACUAA